AUGAAUUUUGAAGUUUACAGCGAGAAAGUCAGUGUCGAUUCAUCAGCAACAUCCAUCAAUGAAACUACUACAGUAUUUGAUGAUCGUCUCGAAAAAACACUCAAUAGUCAAGGUCGAUAUGCUCGUUUGGGUAGCACAGGAAAAUUCUACUGUGGUGGUGCACUAGAUGGACCGCAGUGUAACUGUUGUAAUGGUGAAUGUGGGCCGACGAGUGGCUGCAAUUGCUCAUCGUGCAUGUUACUUGAUGUUCAGAAACGAGUUUUGCCUCGAGGAUGGCUUGUCAAUCGUGAUGGUGCAUCAGCACGAUGCAGCAGACAGAACCGAAAAACAUUUUAUUGUGGCCGAAGGGUUAUGCCAGAUGAUAGUAGAAGUGAUGGAUAUUGUGGACCUACCAAUGGGCCACAAUGUACAGCAUGUCAAAAACUGAACCAACAGCGACAUAGUCGAUAUAGUCAAAUUUGGACUGUAAGUGAUAAUUCAUCAACAAUGUCUACCAAUGAAAGUACUACAGUAUUUGAUGAUCGUCUCGAAAAAACACUCAAUAGUCGAGGUCGAUAUGCUCGUUUGGGUAGCACAGGAAAAUUCUACUGUGGUGGUGCACUCGAUAGACCGUGGUGUAGCUGCUGUAAUGGUAAAUGUGGGCCGACGAGUGGCUGCAAUUGCUCAUCUUGUAUGUUACUUGAUGUUCAGAAACGAGUUCUACCUCGUGGAUGGCUUGUCAACAGCGAUGGUGCGUCAGCACGAUGCAGUAACCAGGUGCCGACAACAUUUUAUUGUGGUCGAAAAGUUAUGUCAGAUGAUAGUACAAGUGAUGGAUAUUGUGGACCUAUUGAUGGGUCACAAUGUACAGCAUGCCAAAGAUUGAGCAAGCAGCGACGCGAUCGAUACAAGCAUAUUUGGAUUGGUUAG